AUGGCUGUUAGUCUCUCACUCAACUUUCCUCCCAUCAAGACCUUGCAUAGAGAGUCUUACCCAGCAAUUUCCCCUCUCGAACCCGAAAACAAUCAAGCGGGCAAAACAGUCCUCGUCACCGGCGGCGCAGGUGGCAUCGGGUUUGCUAUCGCGACGGCCUUUGUCCAGGCCUCGUCCUCGCAUGUCAUUAUCGUUGGUCGGCGCCAAGGAUUCCUCCAAGACGGCGUCAAGCGACUUGAAGCUGAGGCUCGGACUGCGGGGACCAACACCAAAAUCAGCGGCUACUCCUCAGAUGUUUCGAGCCUGGAAGCAAGCGAGAAGCUGUGGGCUGAAUUGAAGGAGGAUGGGAUUGUCGUGGAUGUCUUGGUGCUCAACGCCGUAGCUCUGGGCCCUGGCGGGGCACUGGUGGAGGCCAACUUGGAAGUAGUAUGGAAGGCAUAUGAGGUCAACGUUCGCUCGCUUCUGGACCAUACCCAGCGAUUUUAUAACCAGCAAGGUAAAAGGCAAAAGUAUCUGGUUAGUGUCUCUUCCUCCAUGGUGCAUAACCUGGACAAUGAAAACUCCUUCUUGUCCGCGUACGGGGCAACGAAAACUGCGGGCCAAGUUUUGUUUCAGCAAAUUGCCAGGGAUGUAGACCCAGCAAGGCUGCAGAUGAUCAGCUUUCACCCUGGUGCCAUCUACUCAGAUGGGGCCCGAGAAGGUGGCGUCACCAAGGACAUGAUCGAUGUGUGGGAUGAUGGUAUGUUCUGUCUCUCCAGGUCUUGGAUCAAUGAGGGCGUCGAGGCUAACUUGGCAACAGCGGCGUUACCUGGUAACUUUGCCGUGUGGGCGGCCACACCCGCGGCCAAGUUCCUGCAUGGCCGAUUUCUGGCAGCCUGGUGGGAUGUAAAUGAGCUGAAGCACGAUGCGCUUCAGGAAAAGCUCAAUUCUGAGUGGCACCUGCUAAGAGUUGGUGUGAAAGGACUCUGA